CAGGUGCUGAAGGACAGCAAAAAGCUCAAGAGCAUGAGGAGCAACUACAGGAAUCAUCUAGACCACGGACUCGAAGGCCACCAAGAUGCAGUAAUUGCAAUCAAACAGGCCAUAAUCGGCUUAAAUGCCCUAGUAAACAGUCUCCUUCUUUAUAUAGUCAAAUUCAUUAAAUUUGGUUGCAAAAUGCUUCAAGAUUUACGGUUGUGUUGGUGGUUGAAUUUUUUUCUCGGGGACCGCGCAGCUCGGUGGUCCGCGCAGCUCGGUGGUGGAUUACGUUACUGUUAA